GGCGCUGCCCCGCGGGCGUCCCGCACCAUGGCGCUGUCCUGGAGGAGCUGGCUGGCCAACGAGGGGAGCAAGCACCUCUUCCUGUUUUUCUGGCUCUCCCUCAAUGUAUGGCUCUUCGGGAAAACCUUCCUGCUUUAUAAUCAAGGGCUACAGUAUUACUAUUUGCAUCAGAUGUUAGGGCUAGGAUUGUGUGUUAGCAGAGCUUCAGCAUCUGUCCUCAAUCUCAACUGCUGCCUGGUGCUGCUGCCCAUGUGCCGUGUUCUCCUGGCCUUCCUGCGGGGGUCCCAGAAGGUUGCCAGCAAGAAAACCAGAAGGCUGCUAGAUAAGAGUAAAACCUUCCAUGUGACGUGUGGUGUUACAAUAUGCAUCUUUUCAGUGUUACAUGUUGCUGCUCAUCUGGUGAAUGCUCUUAACUUCUCUGAGAACUACAAUGAAGAAUUUGUGACCCUAAAUGCAGCAAACUAUCGUGGUGAGGACCCAAGGAAACUACUUUUUGCAACUGUUCCAGGUCUGACUGGAGUCAUUAUGGUGCUAGUACUAUUUCUAAUGUGUACAGCUUCCACCUAUGCCAUCAGGGUUUCAAACUAUGACAUCUUCUGGUAUACACACAACCUUUUCUUUGUCUUCUAUAUGCUGCUGAUGCUGCAUGUUUCUGGGGGAGUGCUCAAGUACCAGACCAAUUUAGAGGAGCACCCUCCUGGUUGCUUUAAUCCCAACAAAACACUCCAGAACCUGACCCUGCCAAAGGCUUUUGAGGAGCUGGUUCCUGACUCUGCUACUGAGCCUUUCCCAGGGGACCUGCCAGCAGCAGAACCCUUUGUACAAAACAGCUUUGUGAGAGUUUGUUCCGAGGAGCCCAGGUUCCAGUCGCACUUCCCAGAGACGUGGCUCUGGAUUUCGGGGCCGCUGUGCCUGUACUGCGUGGAGCGGCUGUACCGCUACAUCCGCAGCAACAAGCCCGUCACCAUCACCUCCGUCACGGCCCACCCCGCCAAUGUCCUCGAGGUCAGGAUGCUCAAGGAUCACUUUGAAGCCAGGCCUGGCCAGUAUGUUAUUCUCCACUGCCCAAGAGUGUCUGCCCUGGAAAGCCAUCCAUUCACUCUUACAAUGUGCCCUACAGAUACCAAAGCAACGUUUGGGGUCCACCUAAAAGUAGUAGGAGACUGGACAGAAAGAUUUCGGGAUUUACUGCUUCUCCAUUCAAAUCAAGAUACAGAGAUUCUGCCCAUCUUUCAGCAGAGACGCUAUCCCAAGCUGUAUGUGGAUGGACCUUUUGGCAGUCCCUUUGAGGAAUCCCUGAACUAUGAGGUCAGCCUCUGCGUGGCUGGAGGUAUUGGGGUUACACCAUUUGCAUCUGUGCUCAACACACUGCUUGAUGGCUGGAGAUGCUACAAGCUCAGAAGACUGUACUUCAUUUGGGUGUGCAGGGACAUUGAGUCUUUCCGCUGGUUCGCAGAUCUGCUCUGUAUGUUGCAUAACAAGCUUUGGCAGGAGAAUCGGCCAGACUAUAUAAAUAUCCAGCUGUACCUCAGUCAAACAGAUGGAAUACAGAAAAUAAUUGGUGAAAAAUAUCAAGCUUUAAAUUCCAGGCUCUUGAUUGGCCGACCCCGGUGGAAGCUCCUGUUUGAGGACAUAGCAAAGUGCAAUAGGAGGAAGACCAUUGGAGUUUUCUGCUGUGGACCAAACAAGAUCUCUAAGAUACUUCAUAAACUGAGCAACAGCAGCAACUCUUAUGGGACAAGGUUUGAGUACAAUAAAGAAUCCUUCAGCUGAAAGUCUGUUGGAGCAAGACUCUCUAGAAGAUAAAAGUGCAAUUUUUUGUUUGUACAAUGAAAAAAUUCAGCUGUGGUUUAAACAGACAGAAAUGUACCAAAGAAUAGCACUAAUGUUUUUAUUUAUGAUUAUUUAAGACUGAUGGAUGCAGCAGUAUACCAACAAAUAAUCAGUGCUUUUACUCAAAUGCACUCACACAAUAUUUGUGGUGGGAGUGAUUCUUUGGAUUUGUUUCUGUUAAUUAAAAAGUACAGAAGCUGGGGAGAGACAGAAUUGCUUUAAAAGCUGACAGAAGAAGAAUCUAUGGAAUGUUUGAACUUCUACCACUUCAGUCCUCUGAAGCUGGAUCAGUAAGUGAAACCCCAGGUUAAUCCAAGUGGCAAAACACAGAUUCUUGCUUUUGUUGGUAUACAAAUCUUACAGCUUUGAGGUGAAAAUACUCGAUAUUAAAGAUUUUAUUUUACAUUGCAGAACUGGGAUUCUGUAUUUAAAAUAUAGAGUGUUACUCUUGCCAGUCUACUUCUGUAAUGAAGUUAACCUAAGGAGAAGUGAGCACAAUUGUGUAGCACCAGCAGGCAGCCUCUGCUGUGAUGUUAGUCACAGCCUUUUGGCAAGCACACAUCUGUACGUGGAGAACUCUGUAUCUUGCAUCAGUUCAGUAUUCAGUGAGUUUGCAAAGUAAUUAUGAUUUAUGCAGCCAUAAAGAUGGAGAAAGAAAAGCAAUGAACAGGAGCAGACAGGACCUGAAGUUUUAUUAUACAACACACUCAACACAGAAGCUGCACUCACUCUGCACUUACAUGCCCUGAAUGUCAAAUACUACAAGCUUUCAGAUGCUGACUGAUUGUUUUGAAGCACAAAUCUAGUUUUAGAGAUCCCAGAGUAUGUUUGGUUGACUGUGAUUUGAGUAUCUUCCCUGGAGUCCCCCUUGUUUGCCCUGGUGGCACUGAAAGCAGGAUGACACCAGAUGUACAGCAGAGUGAGAACAAACCCCUCAGCCCUGUGGCUCCUUGGAUGGUGUGUGCAGAUAGACAGCUGCAGAAUGCUUUCAGUUUGUUCCAUAGAGGAGGAAGAUCUCAAAACAUCCCAAUUUUAAGCUCUCCUUCCCUUCUCCUCCCCUUAGCUGUUUUCUGCCUGUAAAUGCCAUGGGAGAGCCAAAGGCUCAAACUGGUACUUUAUAACCUUUUGGUUCUGAGGAGCACCUUUUUUUCUCCAUCCAAAUAGCCAAUCCAGCUUCCUUUAUUUCUUCUUUUCUCCCUUUUCCUUACUUUGUUGAGAUGAGGGCAUUUAAACAGGAAUCAGACACCUAUCUGGCAUAGACAGACACCAUUCUAGUGUCUCUUAAUACAGCAGCAUCACUUAAACAUGGUGAAAAGUAUAGUACAGUGGGAGCAGUACAGUGUAGUGUUUGCAGAGGCUGCCUUGAGAACUCUUGUACCUGUGGUUCACCUGUAUUGAGGGCAGUGCAUUUGAUUUCAUUUACAGCUGUCCAAUUAAUACCUUUUUUAUUUCAGUGGGAAAGGCACUAAAUUUCUGCUGGGGACACAGACUCUGUAUAGGAGUCUGCAAGUAUCUGUGUAAGUGUUCAGAGGGAAGCAUUUUUCUUGUAGGUGCAUAAGGCAUCCUGUAUGUAUAACUAGUGAGAGUGAGUUUGGUCUUUGCCUUGGAAGGUUCUGCUCAGGAGUUGCAGUCAGUGAGCAACAGGAUGGAGGUGCAUAAUGUUCAACAGGCUCCUCAGUGUCCAGACUUGGCACUGAAGUCUUUACCUCUGGCUCUGCCCAGUUUGAAAUCCAGGGAGGAAGGAAAGAACCAGAGAUAGACAAAUUCUUACUCACAGAAAUUCUUGAAGUAGCCCAGAUGAGAGAAGCCAAAAUAGAAAUGCAGUGUGAGGUGGGAGCCUGCAUUACAGCUACUGAUUUUAAUUUUUCCUCUUUGAGGCUGAAAGGACCAUUAUUUUCCUACUGGAUUUCAUUCAUUCACCACUGUAAAACUGGAGGUGUGCAGCAAAGGAUUAGAUUCUUUUUAAUUAGUAAGAUUUAUUUCUAAUGCUGCCUGCAUAGAUUUUAUAAUAAACAUAAAACUGUUGGCAAAAUGCAUAGAUACUGGAUAUUGUAGGCCAUAUACACUUUUCUUUGAUUUGUGGCUGUUAGUUUAAAGCGUGAUUGAAAUCAUUCCUGCAUCUGUUACCCACAACUAGAAUGUGAUCUUUUCCUCUAGUUUCAGGAUCUAGUAUCUCAUGCUUUUAAAAUACAGUUUAGAGUCAUCUAAUCACUAUGUUGUUUGUGGCUUUACAUCUCCUCUGACAGAUAUCAGCUCCAUUACCAUAUAAUGAGCAGCUAGUUUUGCAGUUAGCUCUGUGCUAAAGCAGAUUAUAUUUUCUGGCUCAGCUUCUGUAUAGGUAACACUUUGUAAUUAAAACAGUAAUACUAGUACUGUUCUCUUAUUCUGCAUUGUUGCAGGAGUUGAUGCUGAUUGUAGGCAUGUUAAACACAUGUUGGUACAUUAGGCAGUGCUGUCACAGCAAGAUCUAAGCUGUCCUCUUUGUCUCUUUGUGCUGUAUCUGAUUCAGCUGACCCACUUGUAAAACAAGCUCUGGACUGUCUGCCUUUCUGGGAUGUCUUGAGGCUUAAUUAAUGUUUUGGGAUCACUUUGGUGCACAAGCAGUGGAAAGAUCUGUCUAAUUGCUAUGCAAAUGUGCUUGUGUUUUAUUUUGGGUAAACCUUUCUGUUGCUGAUUUGAGUAAUCACUAGACCAGGUGAGGAAGUGUUUGGGGAAAGUCUGGAAGCUUCAGGUGCUUUUUCCCUUUCCCUUGAGCUAUGCUUCUGUUAAGAGGCAAAAGGUUGAAGGGUUAUUGAGUGACUGACUUGGCUGCAGGAGUGGCAGAUAUUACAACAAACACAAUCUUUCUAUGGGCUAUGUUGUAAUUGCUCUUUCUGAGUGUGUCUCCAGAAUGCAAAAGAGUCAAGCCCUCUUUUAAACUCCAUUGCUUUUAUAUCUGUAAUCAAAAUGUAUGUAAAAAUACAACUCAGUGCCAGACAAGUAAGUGAAGGCUGACAGGACUCAAUUCCACAUUUGCAGAUCAACUGGAUUUACAUAACUGAGCAUCACUUUGCACUUUAAACUGUGUCCUGUGAGUCUGUCAUAAGUGUCCUGCUGGCAGGGGAAGGAUCCAGCCCUGUAUUCUCCCAGUUUUCACUCAGUCUUCCACAAAGCUGCAGACCUCUCAGUGUUUGUUCAGAGGGAUUCUUUUGUUUUAUUCAUCAGAAUUAUUUCAGGACUCUCUUUUUAGACCAGGAUUUUUUUCAUAUCAUGAUGAAAACCAAGCCCUUUCCCUGCAACAAGAAUGCCCUGUUGCAGUACCAGGUACCACUACUAGCAUGUGAGUUCUUCCUUGUCUUUUCUUCUCCUCUUCUAGCCUCUAGCACAGAGGUGGCAAAGAGAUUUGGAGCUGUCUGAGAGAGGGCAGAUAAUGCAUUAAGUAGCAA